AAAUGGGAGUAAGGCAGUCAAAAAAUGCUGUGGACGUUGAGGCGACGACAUCCGGACGAAAGAGUGCGGGUCAGGAGGAAAAUCUUCCAACGGUCGAACGUAUCAGGAAACACGCCAUCACGCACUUCGGCUACAGCGUCCUCAUCUUGGCUCGCCGGGGUUUGGUGGAUCUUCCGGAGGAAUUAUGGGAACUGACAGAACUGCAAAAGCUCAACCUGUCUCUCAACGUCUUGCGAUCCAUACCUUCUUCUCUGGGUCUCCUUCAAAACCUGGUGGUGCUAAAUCUCUGGGGGAACCAGUUGACCAGUUUGCCUUCUGAAAUCGGUCAGCUCAGGAACUUGAAGGUCCUCUUUGCGUAUCGCAACCGGCUGAGCGAAGUUCCCGAGGAACUGGGCCGCUGCACCAAGCUGGAGGUGUUGAGUCUCGCCAACAACCAGCUCGCCGGACUCCCAGCGUCCCUGUCGGCCCUCGCCGGACUGAAGAAGCUCAACCUGAGCCACAAUCACAUAACGCUCAUCCCGGGGUGCGUCUACACCAUGAAGAACCUCGUGUUUUUGGAACUGGCUUGCAACAGACUAGAAAACAUCGCAGAUCAGAUUCAGGCACUUGCUAAUUUAAAAAUCCUUAUCGUCGAGGGCAACUGCAUUCAUUCGCUUCCCAAGAUGCUCUGCUGUCUGACCAAGUUGGAGCUGCUGAAUGUGGACUUUAAUGAUCUUCAGAACGUGCCUGAGGAGAUGCAUCAGCUGAGAGGUCUGGAGAGGUUAGCCUGCCAUCCGCUGGACAAAGGUCUUCACAUCAAACACAAUCCUCUGCUGAAGCCUAUUAAAGAUGUUCUGGAUGGAGGUCUCCAGGCGCUUUACAGCUAUCUUAAGGCUACAUGAAACAAUUCAUGUCUGGAAACUUAAUGGAUGUUGAUCGUCUCUGAGAGAUGGAGCUUUUAUACUUCACAUAGAGACUAAAUCAAAAUGAUGUGAUUCAUGUCUCUGUAUCUGCUGUGUUUUCUUGUUGAUGGAAACACACAUAGAAUUAUUUAUUCAAAGUAGUAACAUAAAUAACACAAAUAUUAAAGGUAUAGCGGAGUAUUUUAUUGAAAUUUAGAAAAGAACCGCCUUCUCCACUUUUUAAAAAUCACUCCUGAUUGACAACUAGGAGGACCAAUAGUCUUGAUGAUCCACCCGGAAAAAGAAAAUCCUCCUUUAAUACCUUUAAGUAAGAAACAUAUAUAUUAAUAACUUCAACUUUACAACUAUGAAGGCAUAUGAUUACAACAAUAAAUAUAUAAAUAUCUAUCAGCCUUUGCUUGAGCAUACCAGUAAUUACAAAUUACAAAAUAAGAGCAUAAACUCAACAUUGAACAGAGUAUAAUAAAAAAGAAAAUAAAAGAAUAAUAAUAACAUCACAUUACACUAUAAAAGAGUCUUACUCAAAUUAGCUUGUAUUUAUCAAAAAGUAAAUUUAAGGGCUUUAUUUAUUAUUAACAAAAUGUUAAGUAUUUGUAUAUAAAUUCAACCUUAUUUAAGCACUGAUUUAAGUUGGGCUUUGACUUGUAGUUGUACCAUCUACAUUUAUGAAUAAAAAACUUUGCAAGACAGAUCAAGAAAUUGAAAACUAAAUGUAAAUCCUUGUUUUCCAAAAAUAUACCAGAUUUGAUUAUAUGUAUGGUGAGGUUUAAUCUUGUUGACCUGUAACCAACAUCUUCAAAUCUCUCCAAAAAUGCUAGAUCAUUUCACAAAGAAAAAUCUUUCAAAUCCGUUUGUUGGAUGCAUUUCAUUUAAAAACUUUAAAGGAACAUUAUGUAGGAUUGUGGCCAAAACUGGUAUUGCAAUCACAAAACUUGUGGCUAAAACUGGUACUGCAAUCACACAACUGGUGGCUAAUACACAAAAUGACAACAUAAACAUCAGUUGAGGGCUGCAACUCCACUUUUUAAAUGACAAUAUCCUGGCCGGACCACUGUUGUCAGUGAUAUAAGUAUUUGAAAUGAAAAUGAUUUCUUAAUGUCUAGUGACAUAUCAGGGCCAAUUUAUGAUUAAUUGAUAUAAAUUUCUUACAUACUGUUCCUUUAAGUUCACCUCUUUAGCCUUUGGAGAAAGUGAUACAUUUUUUUACAGAAAAAUAAGCAAAACCCAUGAAACAUUUCUCAACCAAUCAGAAUGAAGCAUUCAACAGACCUAUGGUAUAACAAAGUAUAAAAUAACUGGAUCUGAUUUUUUGUAAUAAAAUGUCACAUUGUAAGGCCUUUAUGGGAAUCAUCCUGAGUCUGACUGUGAAUAGUUUUCUUAUUUAGUCUGCAAAACUAUAAACUAGAGACACAUCGUGCCAUGACCCGUUUUAAAAUGAAGCGCUUUAGUGUUUGUGAAAAAAGUACUAAUGGAAAGUUUAGAAGACCUUCUGGACAAAGACAUGAAGUGACUUUAAACCUGGAGAAUCAUAAAGUGAAUGUGUUGAGAGAGUUGUUGGUCACAGGAGCGUCUCUUUGAGAUGUUUAAGGGCAUUUAUAUAAAAGUCUUUAUUUGUAUGUGGCAGUGUUGAGAUUGAAGGGCACGUUCAGUACUUAACACACAACACCUCAGUGUCUGAUCAGACAAAAUAAAUGUAUGAAUCACCUUUGAUUCUCAGCUCUUUCUUUAGUGCUGAUUUAACCAAACACCACGGUACAAACACAGAGGAUUAGAGAUCAGUAAAGGUCAAUCUUCACCUCUAUUGAACACCAUCAGUUUCUUCUGCUCAAUGUAAGGAACCACUGGGAUUUAUUUGCACCUAAAUGACAUCAUCGCUUACAACUGUGUGUGUGUGAUCUUACAAAACAUACCUGUAAGAUUUUUCAAGAAAUCUGUUUUUGGAAAAACAAAACAUUAUUAAUGCUACAUUUUAAAUAUAUUAAAUAUAGUUCAUAUAAAGUCUUCAUGAUAUUGUAUUUCUCUUGUAAAGACUAUUGUAAUACAAAUUUCCACAACAAAACCACAGUUACUACUAUAUUUGUGUUCUUAUUGAUGUUGUAAUGUUUUUAUUUCUGAUAAGGAGUCUUAUAUUUUAUUCCUGUUCUUGUUUUAUGUUAGUGGCUAUGCAUUGAGGCUGUAUUAUUUUGAUGAAAUAACUUACGUCAGGUUUGCAAUUAUCCUUGGCAAAUAAACGACUCUUUAUUUAGUUAUAUAAUAUUUUGUCUUGUUUAGUUUUUCUUAAUGCAAUGAAAUAAACAUGGACUAAGUAGACAAAGCAAUGCCAAAUGAAAAAUACAUUGAGUUGAAAAGGCCAGUAAAUGUGUUUCUGUAUGAGAUUAAGCACAAAUUCCUGUUUGUUGGGUUUAAAGUGGUCUCUGUCAACCGGUUGAGUUUUAUUACAAUAUCUCAACAGAAACAGGGAAUUAAGCUCCAUGCAGCUAAAUGCAAAUUACAAACACAUAUUAGACUAACAAUAGAUGUCUGUAGAAAUAUAUUGCUUCAGAUUGGAGAAUGCUGCUGAUUUGUGACUCGCAGACUCCCAGCAUGCAUUGCAGAAUGAAUAAAUGAUGGAGUUUAUGUUCUUUUGCUGUUUGAAGCCUUUGUUCAUGCUGCUGUUGUUUUUGUCUUCAGUCUUGGUUAUUUGUUGUGUGGUGAUGUUCAGAGCUCCUCUUUCUAGUUAAUAAGUUGUUGACUGUCACCAGUGUUCACAUAUUUAGGGUUAGAUGAUGGGUUUAGCAGAUGCUUUUAUUAGACUCACAAAGGAGAGGAUUUUUUUUUUUUCAUUUAUACAUACAAAGUUUGUUUUAUAGUCACCCGUUGGCUUGUUUACAGAUAGACUGCUAACAUUAGUUUAGCUUAGUUGUUUUUUUAAUUCUGUUUUAUUAUAAUAACACAACUAUUCACUUUUUUGCUAUUUAUUCUAUAUAUUUAAUAAUUUUCCGGUUUUCAGUGUCUUUUAUGUGAGGUUUCUUUAAAACAAUACAAAGUUGUGCUAUAUAAAUACAUUUAAAUUGAACUGAUUGAAAAUAUUUGUAGAAUGUUGGCAGAUAUGUUACAUCUUGUGUUUUUGUUUGAUAGUUUGUUGAAAAAGUUAUGUGUUCACAAAAUAAGACGUUUUGUAUUUAGUGACGGCUUUUGCUGGUGACAGUCGAGUUCUUCAGAGAACCUGAAAUCUGCAUUGUGUUGCAUUGGUUUGUAAUUUUGUGCAGUCUUCAUGUUCGCUGGUUUAUACUGAUGGUUAUUGUUUCCACAAGCCCUCAGUAUGAACAUCACUACUGACAAGAAUCAUUUACUAAAUAUUGAAAUGAAAUAUAAAUGCUAAUGUGCAGAUUUGUUUUGAUGGGACAUUUAUUUGAACACUAUGGACUUUUACUGAUGUGACUGAUUUCCCUUUCCAAAAAUCAUUUACAUGAAGAUUUGAUGGGUAUGAGCUGUAAAAAUCCAAGCAAUGAAACCUUCUGGAAUAAAUGGCAUAAUUAACUUCAA